AUGGCGAAGAAGAUGAAGGAGCGGCCGGUGAACGUGUCGGGCAAGCCCAGGCACUCACUCGACGUCAACCGUCCCAAUGACAAGAAGCGCGCGAGCGGCGGCGGGGGUGGCCGGUCCGCGGCCACGGUGCGGCGGCUCAAUAUGUACAAACUGAGGCCCAAGAGGGACCGCCGCGGGAAGAUCAAGAAGCUCGACCUCAAGUCCGAGGACCUCCCCAACACACGCAUCGAGCCCGACCCCCGGUGGUUCGGAAAUACACGUGUUGCCAGUCAGCAAUUACUUGAUUUCAUGAGGGAGGAACUCAAGGGCGGGCUUUCAAAUAACUACAGUGUGCUAUUGAAGCCCCGGAAGCUGCCUCUCUCGCUUGUGAACUAUGAUCGGAAGGAUUGCCGGGCACAUAUUCUUGACACUGAGCCUUUUGAGCAUGCCUUUGGACCUAAGGGCAAGCGAAAACGCCCAAAACUGUCCAGUCUCGACUGUGAAUCUCUAAUAAAGAAAGCUGAUAAUUCUCAAGAUGCUUUUGAGGAAAAACAUGCUUCAUCAAAAUUGCCCAAGGAGGAGCAGGAAGAUGGCUUACGAGAUCUAGUCCGACAUAAUAUGUUUGAGAAGGGACAGAGCAAACGAAUAUGGAGUGAACUAUAUAAAGUUAUUGACUCCUCAGAUGUUGUAGUGCAGGUGUUGGAUGCCAGGGAUCCAAUGGGAACUAGAUGCUACCAUCUAGAGAAACACCUGAAGGAGAAUGCAAAGCACAAACACUUGGUAUUAUUACUAAAUAAGUGUGAUCUAGUACCUGCUUCCGCAACAAAAGGGUGGUUGCGUACUCUAUCAAAGGACUAUCCCACCUUAGCAUUCCAUGCAAGCAUCAACAAGUCAUUUGGAAAAGGAUGUCUCCUUUCAGUAUUGCGGCAGUUUGCCCGUUUGAAGAGCGACAAACAAGCAAUAUCCGUUGGAUUUGUUGGAUAUCCCAAUGUUGGGAAAUCAUCAGUUAUCAACACAUUACGCUCCAAAACUGUUUGUAAGGUAGCUCCAAUUCCAGGAGAGACGAAGGUGUGGCAGUACAUCACCUUGACUAAAAGAGUCUUCUUAAUUGAUUGCCCCGGGGUUGUGUACCAAAACAACGAUACCGAAACUGAUGUAGUUCUUAAGGGUGUGGUACGUGUGACAAAUUUGGAUGAUGCUUCUGAGCACAUUGGGGAAGUUCUAAGGCGUGUAAAAAAGGAGAAUCUACAAAGAGCUUAUAAAAUACAACACUGGGCUGAUGACAACGAUUUUCUCGUCCAGCUGAGCAAGAGGAGUGGAAAACUACUCAAGGGCGGGGAGCCUGAUCUGGCAACAGCGGCCAAGAUGGUGCUUCAUGACUGGCAGAGGGGCAAGAUCCCAUUUUUUGUUCCUCCGCCUCAGCAGAAGGAAGAUGGUCCUUCUGAGAUUGCUGAAUCCGUGGAGAAGUCUGGUGAGAAAGUGGUCAGCAGCGACCAGACUGCUGAAGCAAUGCAAGAAAUCGCGGGAAUUAUUUCCUCGCAGCAAACUAUGAAUGUCCCGUGCCAGACCGAAUUUUGCAGAACCAACGAAGACAGUGAGCUUGGGGAGCAGUCAGACUAAUCUUUUAGUACAAGUACACUCGUAAUCUAUGUUCUCACCGGCAACUAUCUGCAUAGAGUUUACUGAAGCUACGGAACCAGAUUGGUGCUGCUAACCAGGAUGGAUGCAGAUUGUGGAGACGGGUUAA